GUCCUCUUCCCCCGGAUUCUUCAUCUCUUUCCCUCCCCCAGACCAAGUCCCCUUAAGCUUCUCCUCUCUCUCCAACUAAACUUUCAUAUAAUACCCCGUCUCUUCUCCUCAUUUCGCAUUUCUGUCCUCUCCCUCUAAUCUCCCCAUCUCUCCACCUCCCCUCCUCUCCUCCUCACAUUGAUUAUUCAACAUGUCUGAGCUGCGCUUCGACAACCAGACCGUGGUUGUCACCGGUGCUGGUGGUGGCCUGGGUAAGGCAUAUGCCCUCUUCUUUGCCUCAAGAGGUGCAAAUGUUGUUGUCAACGACCUGGGUGGCUCUCAUUCUGGUGAGGGCAAGUCGGCCAAGGCUGCCGAUGUGGUUGUCGAUGAAAUCAGAGCUGCUGGCGGCAAGGCGGUAGCAAACUACGACAGUGUCGAGAACGGCGAAGCCAUCAUUGAAACCGCCAUCAAGAACUUUGGCCGCAUCGAUGUCCUUCUCAACAACGCCGGUAUCCUCCGGGAUAUCAGUUUCAAGAACAUGAAAGAUCAGGACUGGGACCUUAUCUACAGAGUGCACACAUAUGGCGCAUACAAGUGCGCAAGAGCCGCAUGGCCUCACUUCCGGAAACAAAAGUAUGGCCGCAUCAUCAACACUGCUUCUUCGGCUGGUCUGUUCGGUAGCUUCGGCCAGGCAAACUACUCCGCUGCCAAACUCGGACAGGUCGGCUUCACUGAGACGCUGGCGAAGGAAGGUGCCAAGUACAACAUCAUUGCGAACGUCAUCGCGCCAAUUGCUGCUAGCCGUAUGACGGCCACGGUCAUGCCCCCCGAGGUCCUGGAGAACCUCAAGCCCGACUGGGUUGUCCCGUUGGUGGCUGCUCUGGUCCACUCAUCCAACACUACUGAGACUGGCGGAAUCUACGAAGUCGGUGGUGGACAUGUCGCCAAGCUGCGCUGGGAACGUGCCAAGGGUGCUCUUCUGAAGACCGAUGCUUCUUUGACUCCCGGUGCUAUUGCUCGCAAGUGGAACGAUGUCAACGACUUCUCCAAGCCUGACUACCCCACCGGGCCUGCUGACUUCAUGGGUCUCUUGGAGGAUGGCUUGAAGCUGCCCAGCGCCCAAGCGGGUGAGGAGCCCAACUUCAAGGGCAAGGUUGCUCUGGUCACUGGUGGUGGCAACGGUCUUGGUCGUGCCUACUGUCUGCUCUUUGCCAAAUAUGGCGCUGCCGUCGUUGUGAACGAUCUCGUCGACCCCGAGCCCGUUGUCCAGGAGAUCAAGAAGAUGGGCGGCCAGGCUGUUGGAAACAAGGCAUCUUGCGAGGAUGGCGAGAAUGUCGUCAAGACCGCCAUCGAUACCUUUGGCCGUAUUGAUAUCCUGAUCAACAACGCUGGUAUCUUGCGUGACAAGGCUUUCACCAACAUGAACGACGACCUGUGGAACCCUGUUCUUAAUGUCCACCUCCGCGGCACCUACAAGGUGACCAAGGCUGCCUGGCCCUACAUGCUCAAGCAGAAGUAUGGUCGCAUUGUCAACACGGCCAGCACCAGCGGUAUCUACGGAAACUUUGGACAGGCCAACUAUGCCGCCGCGAAACUCGGAAUCCUUGGUUUCUCCCGCACUCUUGCUCUUGAGGGUGCUAAAUACAACAUCAAGGUCAACACCAUUGCCCCCAAUGCUGGUACCAACAUGACCCGUACCAUCAUGCCCGAGGAGAUGGUCCAGGCGUUCAAGCCUGACUACGUUGCUCCCCUGGUGGCUCUUCUGUGCUCGGACAUUGUGCCUGAGCCCAGCACCAAGGGUCUGUACGAGUGUGGCAGCGGCUGGUUCGGCCGCACUCGCUGGCAGCGUACCGGCGGUCACGGAUUCCCCGUCGACGUUAAGCUUACCCCUGAGGAGGUGCUCAAGCACUGGCAAAAGAUUACCAACUUCGACGAUGGCCGUGCGGACCACCCUGAGGAUGGCCAGGCCGGCUCGGAGAAGAUCAUGGCCAACAUGAGCAACCGCAGCGGCGGUGACUCGGAGGGCGGCAACAACAUCCUGCAGGCCAUCGAGAAGGCCAAGCAGGCCACCACUGACGGAACUCCUUUCGACUACGAGGACCGGGAUGUCAUCCUCUACAACCUCAGUGUCGGCGCCAAGCGCACCGAUCUUCCCUUGGUGUACGAGAACAACGAGCACUUCCAGGCUCUGCCCACAUACGGUGUGAUCCCUUGGUUCAACACCGCCAACCCCUGGAACAUGGAUGAUAUUGUCGCCAACUUCUCCCCCAUGAUGUUGCUGCAUGGCGAGCAGUACAUGGAGGUCCGCAAGUUCCCCAUUCCCACCGCCGCCAAGACCUUGACCUACCCCAAGCUCAUCGACGUCGUGGACAAGGGCAACGCCGCCCUCGUCGUCUCCGGCUACACCACCAAGGACGCGAAGACCGGCGAGGAUCUCUUCUACAAUGAGUCGACCGUCUUCAUCCGUGGCAGUGGCGGCUUCGGCGGAUCGCCCAAGCCCACUGCUCCCCGCCCCAAGGCCGCCGUUGCGCCCUACAAGGCUCCUCAGCGCAAGCCCGAUGCGGUUGUCGAGGAGAAGACGUCCGAAGACCAGGCCGCUCUCUACCGCCUCAACGGCGACCGCAACCCUCUGCACAUCGACCCCGAGUUCAGCAAGGUCGGUGGCUUCAAGACCCCUAUCCUGCACGGUCUCUGCUCGCUGGGUGUCUCUGGCAAGCAUGUGUUCAGCACAUACGGUGCCUUCAAGAACCUUAAGGUCCGCUUCUCUGGUGUGGUGCUGCCCGGUCAGACCCUCCGCACGGAGAUGUGGAAGGAGGGCAAUGUGGUCAUCUUCCAGACAACGGUGGUAGACACCGGCAAGCCUGCCAUCACGGGGGCUGGAGCCGAGCUGUUGGAGGGUGCCAAGGCCAAGUUGUAAAACAGGAGAGUGGUGUGAUUUAUCAGACUGUAUGUACAUAAUGUCAUGAAUUGAUUUUCUGUUUGAAACCAUUUAUA